CAUUCGAAGAGUCAACAUCAAAAUCCAUUUUAUACAUCUUCAAGCCUAGUAGAAAAAAUGAGCGUAGAAGUAUUGGAUGCUGCCACCAUCUUCAACUUCGUUGAUGAUGAAGAAGCAUUCGAAAUCUCGGUAUGUGACCGUUUUGCUCACCUUGACACCAACCAUGAUGGUCUUCUCUCCUAUGUAGAGAUGUUGAAGGAGCUUCAGAGUCUGAGGGUCUUUGAGACCCAUUUCGGCAUCGACGUGAAGCCAGACCCUGACGAGCUAGCUCGUGUCUAUGCUUCCCUAUUCAUGCAGUUCGAUCAUGACUCUAAUGGGACAGUCGAUCUGGUGGAGUUCAAGGAGGAAACCAAGCGAAUGAUGCUUGCUAUGGCCAACGGCAUGGGGUUCUUGCCGGUUCAGAUGAUCCUGGAAGAGGAUAGCUUCCUGAAGAAAGCUGUUGAUCGAGAAUCCACAAGGGUGGCGGUUUAAGUUCAUUGAGUAGAUCCUCCAUGCAUAAAACGAGUGUGAAAUCGUUUUUGUUUUUGUUUCUGUCCUCCUAUUUACUAGAUAUAGGAGCUGCUAUAAUGAUAAUAAAGGAAUUUUGUUGUCUGUUAAGAUGGCAAAGUUCUAUUGGUUAAUAAUAGCUUCAACUACAAGCUAA